AUGCAUGUCGUAAUAGAGAAGCCAGUUGAGGAUGAGGCCUUUCAUGAUGUAGGUUUCGAGGAACAGGGGUGUGCCUCCGCACCAAGUUUCUCGGGACCCGACAUUGGAUUAUUUGUCGACAUGCUGGCUGAACAGGCCACCAGAGGAACUGUGGGACCACCCUUUGAGAGUGAUUCAUUCAUAGCACCAGUCAUUGGGACUGAUACAGUAAUGAUCCCCGGCAUAUCUAGUUUACCUCGGAGUAACGGACUUGCAGCCAUCGGGACCGAUACUCUUAUGACUCCUGGCAUUCCCCGUGUACCUGAGGACGAUGGACUUGCAGGACCAGCCGUUGUGCCUGAUGCCACUACAGUUUCUAGGACGGAUAGUUUGCCUACAGGGGUUGAUAUACCCUCCAUGACUACUCCUGCCAUUAUCUCGGAGCCUGUCAGACCUCAGCCCGAGGGGACCUCCGUUGGCGUUGGAUUUUGA